AUGUACCACACUCUACGGACAAGGUUCCCCACUCUGAGGAGCAAGUUUCCACACUCUAAGGACAAGGUUCCUUACUCUGACGACAAGGUUCCUCAUUCUGAGGACAAGGUUCCUCACUCUGAGGACAAGGUUCCUUACUCUGAAGACAAGAUUCCUCACUCUGAGGACAAGCUUCCUUACUCUGAAGACAAGGGUCCUCAAACUGAGGACAAGGUUCCUCACUCUGAAGACAAGGUUCUUCACACUGAGCACAAGGUUCCUCACACUGAGGACAAGGUUCCUCACUCUGAGAACAAGAUUCGUCUGUCUGAGGACAAGGUUCCUCACUCUGAGCACAAGGUGCUUCACACUGAGGACAAGGUUCCUCACUCUUAGGACACUGAGGAACCUUCUCCUCAGAGUGAGAACCUUGUCCUCAGAGUGAGGAAGCUUGUCGUCAGAAUGAGGAACCUUCUCCUCAGAGUGAGGAACCUGCCUUCAGAGUGAGAAACCUUGUCCUCAGAGUGCGGAACCUAGUCAUCAGAGUGAGGAAUCUUUUCAUCAGAGUGAGCAACCUUGUCCUCAGAGUGAGGAAUCUUGCCUCAGAGUGUGGAACCUUGUUCUCAGAGUGAGGAACUUUGUCCUCAUCGUGAGGAACCUUGUCCUCAGAGAGAGGAACCUGCCUUCAGAGUGAGGAACCUUGUCCUCAGAUUGAGGAAUCUUGUCUCCAGACAGAGGAACCUUGUCCUAAAGGUGAGAAACCUUGUCCUCAGAGAGAGCAACCUUGUCCUCAGACUGAGCAACCUUGUCCUCAGCGUGAGCAACCUUGUCCUCAGAGUGACGAACCUUGUUCUCAGAGUGAGGAGCCUUGUCCUCAGAGUGAGGAGCCUUGUCCUCAGUGUGAAGAACGUUUUCCUCAGAGUGAGGAACCUUGUCCUCAGAGUCAGGAGACUUGUUCUCAGAGUGAGGAACCUUGUCGUCAGUGUGAGGAACCUUGUCCUCAGUGUGAGGAACCUUGUCCUCAAUGUCAGGAACUUGUCCUCAGUGUGAGGAACCUUCUCCUCAGAAUCAGGAGCCUUGUCCUCAGUGUUAGGAACCUGCCUUUACACUGAGGAACCCUGUCUUCCGAGUGAGGAACCUUGUCCUGAGAGUGAGGAGCCUAUGUCCUGAGAGUGUCGAACCUUGUCCUCAGAGUGAGGAAUCAUGUCCUCAGAGUGAGGAACCUUGUCCUCAGAGUAAGAAACCUUGUCGUAAGAGUGAGGAACCUUGUCCUCAGAGUGAGGAAGCUUGUCCUCAGAGUGAGGAUCCUUGUCCUCAGAUUAAAAACCUUGUCCUCGAU